AUGACAGAUCACCGGAAACCCAAGAGGUACAAAAAUCUUUUGUCAUGGUUUACAAGUGGUACUCCAUCAAGUGAUAGUGUCGAUGAGAUUAGAAGUGAGAGUGGGAGUGGGAGUAGAAAUGUGACUGAGAAUUUUGUUAAUGAUGUCCCUUUAAACCCUUCUCCAUCUAUUCCACUAGAAGAGUGUCAUAAUGAAAGAAUUGAGAGAGAAGAAAGUUUUGAUGUAAAGGCCUCUUUUAUACUAGAAGAUAUAGCUAUUUAUCCAUCCCAUCAUCCAACAUUUACUGAGCAUGGGUUUCAAGGUUGGAAAAAUGUUAUGUCAAAAAAAUCUGGCAUUGUCUAUCACAUGGGAGUCUUAAAUUCCCCACAUAAUAUUGCCAUGCAUAAGUGGGAGUCACUAAGAAACCCAUCUAAGCAUAUUGAAAGAGUGAUUAGCACACAAUCAUCACAAGAAGUAACAGAUAACCGACUCCGGCUUAUUACUACUAUAGAGAGUGUAAGGUUGUUGGCAAGCCAAAGAUGUUCUUUUAGAGGCCAUGAUGAAUCGGUUAAUUCAUCUAAUGGUGGCAAUUUCAAUGCGGUUGUGGAUUCCUUUAGAAGAAUGAAUAUAGAUAUUCGCAGAGUCUUACAAAAUGCUCCUGGGAAUGCCAAGUAUAUUUCUCCCAUUAUUCAAAAACAAAUUCUAAAUAUACUUGGUAACAAAGUUAGAACCAAGAUUCGGGAGGAAGUGGGAGAUGCCAAAUUUUAUAUCCUUGUUGAUGAAGCUGUUGAUGUAUCUAAUAGGGAACAAAUGACUAUCAUUCUUCGAUUUGUUGAUUGUGAUGGGUUUAUUAGAGAACGGUUUUUCAAAGUGCUUAGUGUGGCAGACACUUGUUCUCAAACUCUAAAAGAUGAUAUAUCCAAAGUUCUUACUCAAUAUGAUCUUCAAGUAGAAAAUAUGCGUCGGCAAGGAUAUGAUGGUGCUAGCAACAUGCGGGGUGAAUUUAAUGGUUUACAAGCUUUGUUUCGUGAAGAGUGUCCAUAUGCAUAUUAUGUUCAUUGUUUUGCUCAUCGCUUACAAUUGACUUUAAAUGUUGCAGCUAAAGGGGUGCAUGAUAUUUGGGAAUUCUUUUCAACUCUAAGUUUGAUUGUAAAUUUUGUUGAUUCUUCUGCAAAAAGACAUUCAGCUUUGAGAGUUAUCAGAGAACAAGAAAUUGCAGAUUUAGUGGCUGCUGGAGCACUUGAGACUGGUAGAGGUGCUAAUCAGACUUGCACUUUGCAACGAGCAGGGGCUACUCGUUGGGGUUCACAUCUUCGCUCUAUUUCAAAUAUGUCUGCUCCUUACAAGAAAAGUACAAGGGCUUGUGAACAAAAUAUUACAAAUGAGCAUUAUUAUCGGGUCAAUACACUUAAUGCUGUGAUAAACUUUCAGUUGGCAGAGUUGGAUAGUAGAUUUACAGAUAAUUCGUUGGAGCUCCUUAUUCUUAGUGCUACAUUUGAUCCACGUGAUAAUUUUCGAACAUUUAAAUGUGAAGAUGUUUGCAAUCUUGCUUUGAGGUUUUAUCGUCAUGAUUUUACAUCAUAUGAUAUGCUUGCUCUAGAUAUGGAGUGUGGGUAUUUUCUAGCAGAUAUUCAGAAGGAUCCAAGAUUUGCCAACACAACUACUGUGUCUGAUUUGUGUCGGCGGUUAGUUGAAUAA